AUGCACCAUGGUCAGCAGCCUGCUGCUUCUCUUGGUUUCGUGCUCGCAUCGCCAUCAGCCCCCAUCCCACUGCGAAGAAGCGCGCAUAGGAUCAGUUGCGCCACAGCUGCGACGAGGACGCGGUGCUGGCGGGGGUCGAGCUCUCUGCACGGUUCUCGACUCUUAGACUCGGAUGGUCACGUCGCUGCCUCUAGUGAUAUUGCAAGGGCGCAGAAACGACGUCGCCGUCCGAGGGAGAGCAGCGCCGGAGGCUCGUGGCGGCAGUGGCGCGAAGGAGGAAAGGGUGCAGAUGGGAAGGCGGGUGUGCCAGCACCAGCACGUGGUAAGGCCGGAGGCAAGGUGGUGAGCCUCAACGGGUCUCCGCCGCCCGAGGAGGAGGAGGGGGCCCACAGAUUGUUGGAGAGAGACAUCAAGGCCAGGGGGAGACGCCGGGAUUGGCGGGGCGCCCUCCACGCUUUGCGGUCGGCGGAGGGGGCGGCUUGCGCACGGUGCCACACCUCGGCUGUGGAGGCUAUGGCCACGUCGGGGCGAUGGAAGGAGGCGUUGGCGCUCCUGAAGGACAUGCCGAGACAGGGGGUGCGGCCGGAUAUACACACGUACAGCGCUGCGAUGAGGGCCUGUAGGGCAGCAGGUCGAACGGGAGAAGCCCUCUCUCUCCUAGAGACUAUGCGGCGAUCUGCGAGAGGGGAGCGGGAAAGAGGGGGCGACGCCGAAUCGGGGGAGGCGAACGCGGCGUCGUUAAGGCCGGACGCGUUUUGCUUCAACAUUUGCAUCGACGCGUGCGCUAAGGGACGCCUCCACGAGAGAGCGAAAGCGUUGCUUGGGGUCAUGCGUUCGGACGGUGUAUCGCCGGACGUCGUCAGCUUCAACAGCGUGAUCAACGCCUUGGGUAUGGCGGGCCUCUGGAAGGAAGCCCUCGGCGUGAUGGAAGAGAUGGUGAUGGACGGUGGGGUGACGCCGAAUUCUGUAACGUACGCCUCCGCCAUUAACGCCUGCGGGAACUCCCGGCAGCUGGACCGGGCACUCGGCCUGCUUAAGGAAGCUCGACUAGCGGGGAUUGAGGUGGGUGCGUCGGCGUACAACGCUGCGAUCGCGGCUUGCGGCCACGCGGGAUCUGCCGACGAAGCCCUGCCGCUGCUGAAGGAGAUGGAGGAGAGGAGGGUGCCCCGCACCGUGAUAACUUACAGCUCCUUGAUAGACGUGUGCGGCAAAGGCGGGCUACCAGACGAGGCUCUCAACCUCUUCCAGAAAAUGAUAUCGGAGGGAAUCCUGCCGAACGCCAUCACCUACAACGCGCUCAUUCACGCCUCCGCGGGCGGCGGAUUAAAAUCCGGGGACGGAACUGUUUCAUCCCCUGUUUCCGGAGGACGCGGUAGAAUAGGGGCUUCGGGCGGUGGCGAAGAUGAUCCAAGGGACGAGGGGGGGGAGGUACUGGGUGCGGAGCCCGCGGGAGGCAAGGGGUUGGGGGGGAUAAGACGCUGGGAGCGCGUGAUGCCGCUGGUUGAGGAAAUGCAGAAGGCGGGGUACCAACCCGACCUGCUGAGCUUCAACCUCGCCCUGUCUGCGUGCGCGAGAAGGGGAGACGCAAAUAGGACGCUUCGUCUGCUGGGGGACAUGAGACGGGCGGACCUUCUCCCCACCACGUACAGCUUCAGCUCGGCAGUGAAGUCAUGCGAGAGGGCCGGGAAAGCGGACGAGGUGCUGGCCCUCCUGGGCCGGAUGAAGUCUGGUGGCGUGAGCCGCACCCUCAUCACCUUCAACUCCGCACUCCUCGCCUGUGCUAAGGACGGUAGGCGAGAGGACUCCCUCCGCAUCCUGUCGGAGAUGAAGAAAGAAGGUGUUUCCCCGGACGGGAAGUCUUUCCGCCUCGCCAUGCAGGCUUGCGGGCGUGCCGGAGACCCGGCAGGGGCUCUGGUGAUUCUGCGGGGCAUGGCAAAGGCGGGGAUACCGCCAGGGGAUCGCUCGUUCGCGUCGGCAAUGGAGGCGUUUGCUUUGGCUGGGGACGUCGAAACCGUGCUCUCCCUCGUGAAGGCGUCAGCGAUGCUCGAGCUGCUGGUGGCGAUACGGGAGGAGGAGGAAGGGCUCCUUAAGCUCACGGGGGCGCACUACGUCUACAACAAGGCCCUGCGGCUGCUAGCUGAUUCGUUCAGGACUGCGGGGCCGCCAGGCAGAAGCGCAGAGAGCGUCCGCACUUAACUCAGCAGAUAAUAUGUUGAUGAAGCCUACAAAUACCUUGAGCAUCAUUUGUAAGCUCGGUCGAGAAGAGAACCCCUACUCUAUACCCUGUACAGCGGCCAUCCGUAGCAUGGCGUUAGGAAGUAAGAAUGGUGUUCUUUUUUUAUCAAGUGCGGGAGUUAGUUGUAGUCCAACAGCGGGCUGUGUCCUUUGUUGGCAACCAAAUCAUGAUGUGUACCCGCAACGCCUCGUGUUUGCUGGGCGGUGUGAAUUUGUUGGCCGUUUCAUUCAAGCAUACGCCUUCUCUCCCUAGUGUGCACGGGAGCGCAAUGAAGCCCAUGGCGUGAGUGAGAGGCUAUUGUUUAGGUGGAGCCAAUGUUUUGGGCUUAGGGUGUAGUUUUUUUUUAAUUUUUGUACCGUGGUUGUGGUUGUUGGUGAUUGUGUUGGCUUCGGUUUGAGGUCGUCCUGCUGGGAGCGGUCGUUAGGCAGAUGAGCGCACGUACUACAUGCACCGCAGGUUAUUGUAAAAAAAUGCGUUUGAUUGAUCUGACUAAAACACAGACGUAGUAGGCGUUUUUCUUGCAGUCGUGUUGAUGGUGUAGUCGAUAGAGGUGACCCACGAAUCUCGUUAUUUUUUCGAUUUGUGUUUGACCUGCGGGAAGAACAGUGAGUUUCUUUUUUAUCUAUUAUUUAGAGCAAGCAGCAGGCACGAAGAGCACCGUUAGCUAACGGCCGUUGGAGAGGCGCAGACUAAGGGAUUGCGAUCUUUGGAUCGGAGAAAGGGCUUAGUUAGAAAUGAAUACGUGGGUGUCGCCGAAGAAGGUCGAGGGCUACUACUACUUCUGCAGUAGUUUUCAAAGAGAUGAUGAGAGGCCGUGCCGAGAAGACAACAGUAGUGGCUUUUCCGUUGCGUGAUACUCGAGCAGUUGAAUGAAGUAAAUGACAACGUACCUCAGUGUCCGUCGCGGAAAAUCUGACGACCUUUACAUAUAUACAGAACGCGCCCGCACUUACCUCAUAGUUUCGGACGAGGCUGGGGUUCUUACUGUAUUCCUGGGGUCAUCCUACGAAUUGCCACUUUAU